AUGAACGUGCUCCACGAACUCAAGACUUCGAUAUCACGAUCAUCCCUGAGGACUACCACACCGCUCAAGACAACGGCGUCGAAAGCAUCUCUCUCGUCCCAGAGCACAAUUGUGCUCUCAUUUUCGCCUCUUGCGUCUCCCGCACCGGCCAUCGAGGCGGGCUCUCCGCAAAGCUGCCCGGCCACGCGCACACCUGAGCCUGAUCCUUACAUUGUCAGUGACGCGAUGCCUUCCGCAUAUUGGAGUGGCAGAUUCAUGUCCCUGUUUGACAAGUUUUCCACCCAAGCUCUGAUUCCAAUACCGCCUGGUCACAUAGCUCUGCAGGCCACUGAUGCCGGAACCGGCUUGCCAUCGACAUUGACGGCGCUUCCAGAAACGCAUCAUCCCCUGACGGCACAUCCUACCACGAGACCAAAGGGCGCAGGUCUAUCGACAAAUCCCCGAGACCCAGCAACCGAACAAGAAGAAAUUCUACAAAGAGUCUUUCGCCGCCUGGAGUGCAUGUGCUCUACCGAGGAGGCCAAGGCGUCGCUGCAGGAGUGGCGGCAGGCCUAUGCGCAAAAGUACAAGCAGCCGCACCUGCUUCCCUACAAACGCGUACAAAGGACAUCCCAGGCACAGCAUCAGGAGAACAAGAUAUCAAAGUGGAUCGGCAGCGGCAGGCGAAGCUUGUCCUCGUUGAAGGAGGCCGCCGCAUCGGGUCGCAGUGCGAAGAGGGUCGCAACUGAAAGGGGACCGGUGCCUCGGCCUAUGUGA